AUGCGGCUACCGCAAUUCAAAAUGUGGGAUUUGGGUGAGAAGCGCCUCGUCACGUCUCGGGAUGUGGUCUUCGAGGAAGACAAGUUCCCGUCGAAGGGAAAACCGGCGCCGCAACUCACCUUCGUCCUUCCGGCACGAGAGGAGCAUGAGGCGGUGGAGAUUCCACCGCAAGCGGAAAAGGACGCCGAAAAUGAAGGGGGGGAGAGCAACGAGGAGAGCGAUGAUGAAGUCGUGGAGGUGCCACCAACCGUGGCAGCAACUUCCUCCACACCCUCCUCCCCACCAUUGGCAUUGAUCCGCGAGCGUCGUGCACCUCACCCAAACCCCAAGUACGACGACUAUGCUACUGUAGCUGUUGGGAAGGCGGAUGAGGAGAGUGUGGUGUUUUGCUUCGCAACCAUGGGUGAUGAUAGCCCCCGCACCCACAAGGAGGCAUUGGCUUCUCCGGAUGCACCGCUAUGGAAGCAAGCAAUGAAGAAGGAGUUGGCCUCGAUCAAGGAGAACGACGUGUUCGAGCUCGUCGACCCGCCAAAGGGUGCCUACUUUGUGGGAAGCAUCGCGCCGUCGCGCCCGCUGCCUGCCGCCGCCGCGCCCGCUGCCUGUCGCGCUGCCCCGCGCACGCCCUGCCCUGCCCCGCGUCGCGCUGCAUCGCGCACGCCCUGCCCUGCCCUGUUAUGCCCGCCGCGGGCCCGCCCUUCGCGCCGCCGCGCCUGCCCGUUACGCCCGCUGCCGCGCCCGCCCGUUAGGCCUGCCGCGGGCCCUGCCUUCGCGCCGCCGCGCCUACCCGUUCGGCCUGCCACGGGCCCGCCUGUUCGCCCCUCCCGCACCUGUCCGCUACACCCGCCGCGGGCCCGCCCCUUGCGCCCGCCGUGCCUGCGUUUUGCGCCCGCCGCGGGCCUGCACUCGCUGCCCAGCGCCGCCCUGUCCGUGCGUGCUGCUGCCCGCGCCAGCGCCCUGCCUCGUGCAACGUAA